CAUUUGUAUGAGAAGCUGGACGGGCAGGCUGCAUUUUAAACUUUGAACCUUUACAAAGGCGGUGAUCCGCUUGAUCCCAGGCUCUUAGCAUUUGAAAAGUGGAAGGCUAGGACAGUGGCCUCCCGCCCCAUAUUAUCUCGGAGCCGACACAGACAUGGGUCGCAUAGUCUCCUGUGAUCGGAACUACAUAUUGCAUAGCCGCUUUCUCAUACUCACACCCUAUCUAACCCUUACUGGAUCCCGGGCAUUCUCUAUUGGAAAGUAUGCCAUGUGUUGGCGACGCUUUGCAACACCUUACAGUACGUUAUCAGUAUGCUGCGAUCAUUUUCAUGUUCAUCUUUAUCCCGCGGUCUCCAUCGUAGUGCGAACUCACUUGACGGGGAUCCGAAUGCAGUCGGAUUCUAUGUAUAUCGGCUGGACGCUGCUUAUGGGUUACGAAAUGACAAGACGCUUUGAGAGACCUUGACUUUUUAGUCCUUUUCGCCAACACAAUACCGACGCAUACAGAGAUACACACUCCUUUCGCGAUUACAUCCUUUGUGGCCUUGGGGGUUCUCUCCUUUCUCCCCUUUGCACCCGACACGCUCCU